UCCCGCCCCUAGCUGGGGAGAAAGCUGGUGCACAGGCUUGCAGCGGAGCCCAUCGCAGUUGACUGUUUGAGCAGCCCACCCCUCUCUCUGCAGUAUGCAUGUUUGCCAGGGACUCGCGUUCACGUCCCUGCAGUGUACUUCACCGGCCAGAGACCAUCUACUGAAGAGUCGAGGAUAGGCCUAAUAAAAUUGGAUGUGGCAGACGGACCAGAGGCGGAAAGCCCGGAGUGACCGGAGGAAUACAGUAUUACUACAGGAAUACAGGCUGCCGCUCUCCUCUGAACGUGGACAAUCAUGCAUGUGCUCUUCUGGGGCUUGGGGUUCCUACUAUUCCCUGAUUUCUUGAAUGUAGUCGCAUCUACGGGGAAAUUGCUUUUGAAUUCAAGCACAGUAAAAGAGGAGAUCGGCGCUUAUGAGAUUGUAACACCGGUGCGAGUGAAUGAAGCCGGUGACAAGUUUCCAACCAGUGUGCACUUCAAGAGGAAAAGACGAAGUUUGGACGAGAGCACCGGCAAUACUACGGAUCACUGGGCCUCGCCAAAUAUUCACUACAGGAUAUCUGCUUUCGGACAGCAUUAUCACCUCAACCUCACGCUGGAUUCGGGAUUUAUCGCACCUCUCUACACUGUGACAGUACUUGGAGUGCCCCGAGGAGAUAACAUAACGGAUUUUGCAACAGACGGGGAGGUGGAGGAGGAGGACACGGAAUUAAGGCACUGCUUCUAUAAAGGACUUGUAAAUGCACAAGAAGAACACGCCGCGGUCAUCAGUUUGUGCUCCGGACUGCUUGGCACUUUCAGGUCUCCACAAGGGGAAUAUUUUGUGGAGCCCCUACACAGCUAUCAAGGAGAACACUAUGAAGAGGAACACACAAAACCUCAUAUUGUAUACAGGAAGAGUGCACCCAAGAAACAGACAUCUGGGGAGGACUCAGCUUGUGACACUUCAGGGCACAAACACAGACACAAGAGACACAAGCUUAAGAGAAGGCCAGUGGCCGGGGUGACCACUGUGUCCAAUGCAGCCCCUGUGGUCAGCGCCGGUAUAUUCAGUGCUGUGGAGUCACUGGGUGCCAGCCUGGCCAGCAAUGCUUUGCUCAGAUCAGAGAGCGGCAGUGCUAGCGCUAGACCAUCAAAUGAUAGCAGCGGUGACUCAGGACCUCACAGGAGAUCAAAGCGCUUCCUCUCCUACCCGCGCUUUGUUGAAGUCAUGCUGGUGGCCGACAGCAAAAUGGUGGAGCAUCACGGCAGCAACCUACAGCACUACAUACUCACACUAAUGUCCAUCGUAUCAUCCAUCUACAAGGACCCCAGCAUCGGCAACCUGAUCAACAUUGUAAUUGUAAAAUUAGUCAUAAUAAACAACGAGCAGGAUGGUCCAGUCAUUUCAUUUAAUGCACAGACCACUUUAAAGAACUUCUGCAUUUGGCAGCAGAGCCAGAACAUCCUGGAUGAUAACCACCAUUCCCAUCACGACACUGCCAUCCUAAUUACCAGGCAGGACAUCUGCAGAGCAAGGGAUAAGUGUGACACCUUAGGACUUGCAGAGUUGGGGACGGUGUGUGAUCCAUACAGGAGUUGCAGCAUCAGCGAGGACAAUGGACUCAGCACUGCAUUCACCAUUGCCCAUGAACUUGGCCAUGUGUUCAACAUGCCUCAUGACGACAGUAACAAGUGUAAGGAGGAUGGAGUUAAGAUUCAGCAACAUGUGAUGGCUCCUACACUUAACUACAACACAAACCCUUGGAUGUGGUCCAAGUGUAGCAGGAAGUACAUCACAGAGUUCCUCGACACAGGAUAUGGUGAGUGCUUGCUCGACGAGCCCGUUUCUAGGCCGUACAGUCUCUCGCAGCAGCUGCCUGGACGGAUAUACAAUGUCAAUAAACAGUGCGAAUUGAUAUUUGGGCCAGGAACGCAGGUGUGCCCUUAUAUGACUCAGUGUCGGAGGCUGUGGUGCACCAGUCCAGAGGGUGCCCAACGGGGCUGCAGGACUCAGCACAUGCCGUGGGCAGAUGGCACUGACUGCUCCCCUGGAAAGCACUGCAAACACGGCCUGUGUAUAGCCAAAGAGCACGAUGCCACACCUGUGGAGGGGGCAUGGGGAGUUUGGAGCCCUUUCGGUACCUGUUCGCGGACAUGCGGCGGGGGCAUCAAGAUCGCCGUGCGUGAAUGCAACCGACCCGUGCCCAGGAAUGGAGGAAUGUAUUGCGUGGGUCGCCGAAUGAAGUUUCGUUCCUGUAAUUCUGAGCCCUGCUCCAAGCAGAAGAAGGACUUCAGGGAGGAGCAAUGUGCGGCUUUUGAUGGCAGGCACUUCAACAUCAACGGUCUACCUCCUAAUGUUCGCUGGGUGCCCAAGUACAGCGGAAUCCUGAUGAAGGACAGGUGUAAGCUGUUCUGCAGGGUGGCAGGCAGCACGGCCUACUAUCAGCUCAGGGACAGGGUCAUUGAUGGCACGCCAUGCGGACCUGAUACCAACGACAUCUGUGUCCAGGGCCUAUGCAGGCAAGCGGGCUGUGACCAUGUAUUGAACUCCAAAGCCAGGAGGGACAAGUGUGGCGUGUGCGGAGGUGACAACUCUUCCUGCAAAACUGUGGCAGGCACCUUCAACAUCGUCCGCUAUGGCUAUAAUGAAGUUGUGCGAAUACCCAGUGGUGCUACAAAUAUAGAUGUACGUCAACACAGCUACUCAGGGAAACCGGAGGAUGACAACUACCUCGCCAUAUCAAAUAGCCGUGGAGAGUUCCUGCUUAAUGGAGAGUUUGUGGUCAGCAUGUUCAAAAGGGAAAUCAAAGUAGGAAAUGCCAUCAUCGAGUACAGUGGUUCUGACCAUGUCAUUGAGAGGAUCAACUGUACUGACCGCAUCGAGGAGGAGAUCAUUGUCCAGGUGCUGUCUGUGGGGAACCUUUACAACCCAGAUGUCAGGUACUCCUUCAACAUCCCCAUAGAAGACAAACCUCAGCAGUUCUUCUGGGAUGCCUAUGGGCCCUGGCAGGAGUGCAGCCGCCUGUGCCAAGGAGAGCGCAAGCGGAAGAUUCUGUGUAGCAGAGAGUCAGACAGGGUGGUGGUGUCGGACCAGAGGUGUCACGGUACAGCCAGACCUGCUGUCAUCACUGAGCCCUGUAACACUGAAUGUGAACUCAGGUGGCAUGUUGCUCGUAAGAGUGAGUGCACAGCUCAGUGCGGCCUGGGAUAUCGUACCCUGGAAAUAUACUGUGCCAAAAUCAGCCGUGCAGAUGGUAAAACGCAGAAGGUUGAUGACCGCUACUGUAGCGGUCAGCGCAAACCUGAUGACAAGGAAGGUUGCCAUGGAGACUGUAACCCGGGUGGCUGGGAGUACUCGCCUUGGACAGAGUGCUCCAAGAGCUGCGGUGGAGGCACCCGCCGUCGAGGGGCAGUGUGUCGAAAGGCAGCCGAGGCUGGCGGUGAUGAGAGCAAAUGCAGUCAAAGGGACAAGAUGACCGUCCAACCCUGCAAUGAAUUCCUCUGUCCACAGUGGAAGACUGGCGACUGGUCUGAGUGCCUGGUGACAUGCGGGAAAGGCUAUAAGCACCGUCAGACGUGGUGUCAGUUUGGUGAGGACCGUUUAGAUGACCGCUUUUGUGGCUCAUCUAAACCUGAAUCGGUGCAGACAUGCCAGCAGCAGGAGUGUGCCUCUUGGCAGGUUGGACCAUGGGGACAAUGCACUACCUCGUGUGGGCCAGGCUACCAGAUGCGAGCGGUGAAGUGUGUAGUUGGCUCUUAUGGUGCUGUCAUGGAUGACACUGAAUGUAAUGCUGCCACCCGGCCCACUGACACCCAGGACUGUGAACUGGCCCAGUGUCCCAGCAGCCACCCUGUUCCCCCAGGGACUAAAGUCCCCUCCCACCAGGGCCACAAAACCCAGUGGCGCUUUGGCUCCUGGACCCAGUGUAGUGCCAGCUGUGGCAAAGGGACACGUAUGCGCUACGUGAGUUGCCGUGACAACCAAGGUGGUGUGGCAGAGGAGUCGGCAUGCGCCCACCUACCAAAACCCCCUGCCAGAGAAGUGUGCUCAGUGGUGGCCUGCGGACAGUGGAAAGUGCUGGAAUGGACAGUGUGCUCAGUAACCUGUGGCCAGGGGAAGACAACACGGCAGGUACUGUGUGUCAACUUCAGUGACCAAGAAGUGAAUGCUAGUGAGUGUGACCCAGACGAUCGUCCUACCACAGAGCAGGACUGCGCUAUGUCUCAGUGCCCGUCCCGCUCCAGUGACUCCCGACCUUUCCCGUCCUCACCAAAUGCCAGCAACAGGAACAACCUGCCCCGCAGCCAAUCCCACCAAUGGCGGACUGGACCCUGGGGCGCGUGCUCCAGCACAUGUGCAGGAGGUUUCCAGCGCCGUGUAGUAGUGUGCCAGGAUGAGAAUGGCUACCCUGCCAACAGCUGUGAGGAUCGCAGCCGGCCCAGUGAGCAGCGAUCCUGUGAGUCAGGGCCAUGUCCACAGUGGAUCUAUGGCAACUGGGGAGAGUGCACCAAGCCGUGUGGAGGUGGGAUCAAGACUAGGCUGGUGGUGUGUCAGCGUCCAAACGGCGAGCGUUUCAAUGAUCUGAGCUGCGAGAUCCAUGACAAGCCACCAGAUCGUGAGCAGUGCAAUACUCAGCCGUGCCCGUCUAGCCCCCACUGGAGCACAGACCCAUGGAGCUCGUGCUCUGCCUCCUGUGGAAGAGGAUUCAAGUCCCGUAAGGUGGGCUGUGUGACCGGGUCAGGCCGCCCCGUCCCAGAGGAAAACUGCCAGCAUCUGUCCCCCAAACCCAGGAAGCAAAGGCGCUGCAGAGGUGGACAAUGCCCUAAGUGGAAGACUGGCAACUGGGGAGAGUGUUCAGCAUCGUGUGGCGACGGCAUCCAGCGACGGGAGGUGUUCUGCCAGGUCGGAGCCCGCCGCAGCCCGCAGGAGACCGGCUGCUCCCAGCGCUCCAGACCGGCGUCCAGCCAGAGCUGCCGUGUGGCCGACUGCCCCUCCCGGUACCGGUGGAGAGAAGGAGACUGGCAGACGUGCAGUAAAUCAUGUGGAACAGGCCACCGACGACGAGCCUUGCAGUGCGUGGACCACAACCAGCAGGAGGUCCACGAGAUGUACUGUGUGAACCAGAUCAGACCUCCAGACAUAGAGAGCUGUAACACCCAUGCUUGUGAAUUGAUCUGGAUCACAGGAGAAUGGACUGAGUGCUCAGCCAGCUGUGGUCAGGGCUACCGCCAGCGUCUGAUCUCCUGCAGCGAGGUGCAUGUGGAGAAUGACAACUAUGAGUACGGCCAUCAGUCUUUGUCCAACUGCCCGGGGACCCCCCCUGAGAGCUACAUGCCUUGUAAUUUGGACCCGUGCCCGCAGCCACAGGAGUGGAGGGUUGGAAUCUGGGGACCGUGUUCAGCGAGCUGUGGUGAUGGUGUGAUGGAGAGGACAGUGCAGUGUGUGUCAGCAGAUGGUCAGGAAACCAAUAGGUGUUCUCAAGGUGCCAUGCCAGAGGCCAGGAAAGUUUGCAGAAAUCCAAGCUGCCAUCUGCCCUCUAGCUGUCAAGACGUCCAGAGCACAAACGGCCCCCUCCCAGACGGCGAACACCUUCUCAAUAUUCAAGGAAGAGGUCUCAAAGUCUACUGUGCAGGAAUGCAGACAGAGACUCCACAGGAGUACAUCACCUUGACGACCGGAGAAGGGGAGAAUUUUUCGGAGAUCUUUGGCUUCAGACUCAAUGACCCCACCCAGUGUCCAGCAAACGACUCCAGAAGAGAGGAUUGCGACUGUCGGAGAGACUACACCGCCGCCGGCAUCAGCACCUUCUCCAAAGUCCGCCUGGACCUCGGCAAGAUGAACAUCAUCACUACAGACUGGCAGUUUGCUGUCACCCGAGAAGGCAAGAGUGUUCCAUUCGCUACAGCUGGAGACUGCUACAGUGCCGCACGCUGUCCACAGGGGCGGUUCAGGAUCAAUCUCUCAGGAACAGGUUUUAAGGUGGCUGAGGACACCUCGUGGAUCUCCCAAGGCAACUAUGCAGUGGCUAAUAUACGAAAAUCACAGGAUGGCAGCAGAGUGUCAGGAAUAUGUGGAGGCUACUGCGGGAAAUGUACGCCGUCCUCUGGCUCCAGUCUGCCUGUGAUAGUGGAGUAGAUCUAAUACCAUCAAACAGCAUCUAUGUCCAUUCAUCUCGGCAGUCCUCUUCAGAUCCUCAUUGUGUCAACACGUCCCUCCUCUUUGGUGCUACAGCCAAUUCAGAGCUCAAACUCACUCUGACCUCUCUCACUCCCAUGUGUGUAUAGUGUAAAUGAAUGUGGUGUAAGUACUGUACAUAGCAGGAUAAAAAAUGUCUUAUUUAUUGUACUCUCCAUUUAUUUUUGUAUUGUAAUAUAAUUUAACAGUUUUGUUGUCUAUAGCGAACACCACACAGUUACACACAGUUUAUCAGAGUUUUGCCAGAAUGUGCCUUCCAAUUUGGACAUUUGCCAUUUGGAGCUUUUCGUACUGUUGUUAAAUCACACUGCAUGUGUUACAGCCAUAUGUUCAUUUUUAGACCAGUUCAUUAUGUUGGGUUUAUUCCAGUUAUGUUAUUGUUGUGAUGGUCACCAGACCUGUUCAUAUUCAGGGAGGUGUCAGUCAGUGGGCUAUUUUUUUUAAUCACAUCACGGGCAAGAGUAGCGGACACAUACACAGAUGCCCAAUAUAACUAUAGUCCUAUUUUAUAGUGUGCCAACAAGCAGCUCCUUUAGAAGACUUUCUUGGUUUAGUGAAGUGAGAGUUUAGUGAUAUUCCCAGUCAGAUGGCACCAGUGAGUCCACUUCUAAGUUGUAGGUAACUGUUGCUGUAAAUUCAGUCCAGCUACUUCCUGGGCUGCUCUACUCUGUGACAGUCUACAACUUUCAGUGCUUUGCUCAACAGCUUCUCAGCAAUUUUGAGGUGUUGUAUUUGUAGCCAAUUAUAUCCAAAAGUGUGGACUAGCUGGAUUGUGGUCAGGCUGCUCUACCUGCAUCUCUCCAGCUGUCAACUGCAGCUGUAUGUCUUCCUCCAGCUGGACAGGAGAGAGGAAAGUGCGAUAAAUAAUAACACACGGCAGGAAAAAGCCAGAGGCCUGUACUACAAAGCAGGAUUUGGGGUUAAUCAGGUAACGUCAGACUCAAACCUAAGACUUUCUAUUUUUACUCGGGUUUUAAAACAGCAUCUGAAAAGAAGGAGAGAUCAUGUAAAACACUAAACACAUAAUAAUGAUUCUAGCUUCAUUUUAAUUGUGCAAAGUUUACUUUAUCCCCGCAGUGAUAGCUGACAGUGUGGCUCAUUUUACACCGAUUCCAUCACAGCAGCUCAGAAUAACACGAGACACCUGUGUGAUGAGAACAGGAAAUAAAAACAUAAAGACUGUCUCUUUAUUAGAAAAUUAAUCCACACACUGUUAAUUGGCUCCAGUGGUUACACAAGUGACAUCAGUAAUUAACUACCUUCCCACUCUUUACGUCAGCAGCAGAGACAGUCUUUUGUUUUGACAUUAUUAGAGUAGUUCUUUUAUCAUCCAGAUAUUUUAAGAGUUUGCCUAGUUCGAAUAUUUGGAAAUUCUUUCCAGUGUUUCUACAUUUUCUCAGUCUUAAAAUUAGAGGCUAUCAUUUACUCUGAUGAAUAUUACUUUUUGCUGUCCAUAUAAUAUGAAGUAUUUCAUCCAUGGUUCUGAUGAUGUAGCUCGUAAUGAAUUUUGGUAAAAACGAGAUAUAUGUAUUAGGGUUAUAAAGCCAGAUAAGGAAAAGAUAUCUGAGGUAUGUUGAGCUUGAUUUCUAGUAAUGGCCUCUGGUGUUGCUGCCACGACAAACACACCUGCAUUUGGAAGAUACACCCAUAUUGAGACUGUAAUUUGAAGUAGUUUUACUGAAUGUCAAAAGACACUCUGGGGAUAAAGUCAAUUCAGUGUCUUUUAGUUUUGUACCAAAUAUAAGGUAAAACAGUGAGCACUCUAUUUUUCAGUAAGCCUGAAUAUCUGAACUGUCUAUGAUACAUACAUCAGCAUCAGAAUCAUUCUCAGUAUGUUUCAAUUUCAGAAAAGAUCCAUUCAUGCUUCUUGCUGAGUUGUAGCGAUCACAGCUGCGUCCUCUCUGCAGUAGGAGGACAGUGGGUAUUAGAGAGCAACUGUGAGGCAGUUGAAGGGAAUGAUGUUAAUGUAUGUUCCCAGAAUGAAGUGUGCUAAUGCCGACAAAGAGUUGGCAUGGAGGUGGGAUUUACAGGCCAGACGUAGGGAGGAAGUGAGACGUUUACCCAUGCACAAACACACUGUACACACACACAAACACACUGGAACACAUUACUGGGUCACAAGGAGGAGGCUGUAGUGUAGGUUACACGAACUGUAGAGAUUACGCUGCCAGACAUCAGAGAGAACCGAAUUCCUUUGUGUUGUUGCGUAUCUCUCAGGUAGCGUGCAGUGACCAGGGAGAGCCAUUAGCCUUUAGCUUUUACAGAACAGACAGGUUAGCUUAUCUGGAGCAACUUGAAAGAAAGACUUCACCUCAGGCCAACAGAAUUCCAGUAGACACUCCGGAGAUAUGAUGCACUGGUUCGGCCCUGGAGACACCUCUAAAACUGCUGAGCCCACAGGCCCCGCAGCGUGAUUUCUGUCCAGAUGCUGCCUGUAAACUUUGCCUUCUGUACCUCACAUUCUUCCCUCCAUCUUUGUGGUUUUUUUUUUUGGUUUUUUUUUUUUUAUGAGUCUAUCCAAACUGUACAUACCGAUAUGCUCCUGUGUGGAGCAUUCUGACAUGUUGUUUUUGUGACAAUAUCAGGGUACUUUUUGUGUAUAUGUAUGUUUUUGCAUUUCUUUUGCAGGUUUACACAGUUUUUAUGAGCAUUUUUUUCUGUUUCAGAAACAUUGAAAGACACAGGAAGAAUUCAGACAUUAUUUAAAGGAACAGUGUGUAAGAUCUAGGGGGAUUUAGUGACAUCUACUGGCAAAGAUUGCCAAUUGCAAUCAGCUGAAUCUUGUCCCAAUUAGAAUUCUUUUAAUGUCUGUUGUUCAGGAGGUUUUUAGAGUGAGUCGAAUUAUCUGCAGAGGUCUGCUCCUCUC